AGUCGCAGUUCCAACAACUCUAUUCUGAUAUAUCUUUCGAGCUGAUUUUGAGUCAUCAUUAUCUUUCGAGCUAACAUGUGAUGUUGGUUGGAAUGAAAACGAAGACUGGAACACCCUCUAAAAUCGUCUGUUCUUUCUAAAAUCAUUUGUUCUUUCUACACCAUCAGGUAAGGCAGAAGGGCAUUUGAUUCGGGUAAUUUCUUGACCAAAAUCUCUAAUUGUUUUGUGUAUGAAACCAUAUGCCCACCAAGUGUUCGAUCAAUCGCCUGAGUGAAGGAUGUAGGUGGUUUUGUUCUAGUUCUCGGUUGUUUAUGCAAAAACAUAGAUUGGAUUGCAACUCUAUUGAUCUCUCAAGCACCACACCAGAUGUUUUAAGCAGUGAGUUAUGUAAAAGGCUUAAAGGAUUUCUUGCAGCAUGGCCUCCUUCAAGUCCCCAACCUCAUGUCAAUGAACUUCUUAUAGGAAAAUGA